CCCGCCUUAAGGCAGCUGCCCCUGCCAGCCACAGGGAAGCCGGCGAGCCGCGCAGGAGAGAAAAGGCAUAUCUGACCCGAGAUUGCACCAGCGCUCCUCCUCGCCCUCGCCGUCGGACGUGCUCGAGCCAGCGGCAUCCGCAGCAGCGACCCCAGCUCACCCCGCGGAGCCAAGAGCCCAGCGCCGCCGCUCCUCCGACACCCAGGAAGGAAGGAUCGCUUGCCGCCGAAAUGGAGAACGCGAAGCAGAGGCGCGCCGGGUUCCUGCCGCCCUUCAGGCACUUCGCCACGCAGGCCAUCCACGCGGGGCAAGAGCCCGAACAAUGGAAGUCCCUGGCCGUGGUGCCCCCCAUCUCCCUCGCCACCACCUUCAAGCAGCAGGCGCCGGGGAAGCACAGCGUGAGUGAGGCGGAUGGGGCAGGCAAGGCUUCAGAGCCGGGCAUGGGGGGGAAAGGGCAGGACUUGGAGGGAGGGGGUCCUUCUCUGUCUUCACAGAAUCGUAGAAUUGGAAGGGACCUCUAGGGUCAUCUAGUCCAACCCCCUGCGAUGCAGGAAUCUUUUUGCGCCACGUGGGGCUCGAACCCAGGACCUUGAGGCCAAGAGUCCCAUGCGUCUACCGACUGAGCUGUUUGCUUUAGUUAGGGGCUCUCAGAAAACAGCGCCCCCCUCCCCAUCUAGUCAAUCGACUCUUUCUGUCUGCCCCAAGCCACACACCUGUCUGUUCUGCUCAGACGGCUCUUCAGCUUACCCAUAACUCCUUUCCUUCUCGCCCAAUGCGCCUAACCAAGGCUGCAGCCCAAGCUAUGUUUCCUCAGGAGUUAACUCCACAGGCUACAACAGGGUAAGUGAGGUUAGGAUUGUAGGCAGAGGCUGCGAUUCUAAGGUUUUAUGGCAAGUGGUAGAAAGAGGUCUGCACAGAGGUAAAUCCUGUGAGUUCAGUGGCACUUACUCUCUAGUAACUGUGUACAUGAUUGCAGCCUCUCUCUGUGUUCUUAUUAUCAAAACCACACACACACACUUUAUAUAUCGAUAUAAUCUAUGGAUAUGGAUAUAGAUAUAUCUCGAGAUCCUAGCUUGCAGUUUAUGAAGAUUUUCAGUAUAUGUCUGUUACUGAUUCCUACAUCAAAAAGGCUAACCCGUAUUGGCUAAAUUGUACAUUUCAUUAUGAUAAUCCUCACUGAAUUGUGAAAGUCCAGCAGAAGCACCUGUUGCCUAUUUAUGAGGCAAGAGGAUGACAUCGCCUCCUUUUUGAUCAUUUUGCCUUACCGCUUUGCAUUUUGAGGGCCAAACAAGACAAUCCUGUCUCUUGUUUUUCCGCAGAGCAACUGCAGGUGUGUGAUCAUGAUAAGGACUUUGGCUUGUGGGGAGGACUUUGUACCACAGCCCCGGUGAAAAUUGCUCUCCUCCACCUUCCUUCAAAGCUGUUGUGCUUUGUUGCAUGGUUGGCACCAGUGGCAGCUUCCCUUCCAGGGCAAAGAGCGGUUCAAGAGGGAGAGAUUUUAAUAUCGGGGGUGAGGUUAACCCCAGUCCUAACCAGGCACACUCUGCUGCUAGUUUGAAACGCAAGAGACGCGUGCAUUUCAGUGUGAAAAUAACAGACCUAACUUUGAUUCCCUUCCAUCAGUUAAAGUCAUUUCUAUGCUUGGAAGGAGCUCUUUCAUUAACUAAAGGCCAGCUCAGGAUCCAAGCCAAAGUCUUCAGAAGUUGGCCUAUGUCUUGCUAUCCCAGAAAGCCAACCUAAGGUGGCUUGUACACCUAUGGAAUUGAUAGUGUUUGUUCACUUCGUUAUUAUAGAGAAUCUAGAUAGCAUCUUUGCGUUCUAGUGUUUUCCCUAUUCUAUCUUUUAAAAAAACCCCAUUCUGUAGCAAUGCAUGUCCAAACAUGGACUGGUACAGAUAGUAUUGUUGACACAACUGGCUGGAGAAGUGACCUGUGCUAUUCCACUUGUCUGAAUUACCUGUCCCACACCUGUCACAUAAAGGUCGAAAUUCUGUAAUUUAGCUAUUCAGAAGAGGCAGCAGUGAACUGAAUAGGACUGGAUUCACCCCCUUCUUUUCCAUUUCCCCACCAUGGUUGAUGGACAGAAUCUUAAUCUCGCCCUGUUGGAUGGUUCCUUCCUCCAUUACUUUUCCACACCUUUUUUCUUAAUUUGACUCCUCCAAGUACAAAUGAGCAAAUGUUUAACCUUUUUAAAAACAACUUGGAAUUGCUGGCAAAAUAAUGCACGGUCUGUUUUUGCCUUUGUCACAUAGACAGACAUGCUAGAAUUCAAAUGGGUAGUAUAUUAUUAAGUGUCAUGUGGAACCUCAGAUAUAUUUUGGCUUUAUAUGAUUAUGGAAGAGCAAGAUGCUCAUGUGGAGGGGGCUACAAAGGGGGGGGGGUGCGCGUGUGCAAGCAAUGGAACUCCAGAUAGGAAAUGUGUUGCAUCUGUACUAUUUCAGUCACCAAAUGACAUUUCUGUGUAUAAAGUACAUACUGAUUUCCUCUUUCUUUCUUUUUUUGCCCUUUAGGGUUUUAUUUGCUUUCUUUCAAGCCCGUUUUGUUCUUCUGGGUAUGGGAAAUUUGGCAUGCUAUUUGAAAACGUUUUAAAAGCAGAUCCCUGGUUUAGUUUUGCCCAACACAUUCAAUCCAUGUUGAAUUUCUGGAUUAUCAUCCUAGUUGGGUUGCAAGAAAAAGCUGACUCAUUUUUAACUCUGCAGAUUCUUGUGGGCAGGGCCGAACAAACUCGCCUUGCUACCCUGUCCUCUGCAUGACACAAGACGAUAUGGAAAUUGCAUAAGCAAGCCGGCAGCUUUCCAGAGUAUUGCAUUACUCAUUAUGUAUCUUGGGUUGAAAAAAACCUGUGUGUUUUAAAAGCAAUGAAAUGCCACGUUUCAUAAAACCAACGAAGAGUCUCAUGACAUCUUAAAAGACUAAGUGGUUUAUUUUAGCAUAGUCUUUAAUAUGCUACAGAACUCUUAGUCCAUUGUAGCAAAAACAGGUAUUCUUCAGGAUAUUCAGUAAGAUACUUAAUACUUUACUAGUUGACGUACAAGAAUUUAGCCAGGCAGGAAGAGUUAAAGUACAAAACCACAGGCGGAAAAUAUGUACAUGGUGUUCUGUUCGGAAUAAUUUGUUUCACUAGAAAGCAUUGUUUUCUCCCCCACUCCAAGGCUGGCCAGCUUGGAUUCCUAAUUUGUCAUUUCCCCAUAUAUUCAGACUUUCAAGUAAUCAAUGCUAAGGCAAGAAGGCACUGUAACUAUAAUACAGUCUUACCUCUGUCUAAGAACAGUCCUUUUAAUGAUAAAUUGGGGCAAUGCAGGAAGCUGGCUGUGGUGGAAAACUCUGAAGAUGAUUCAGUUGCCUGUGGUUUUGGUCUGCUCUUGCAGUUCUCACCUACCUGCAUUUCAUGACCCUGCCAAGGAGACAAAUUUGUAUGAAAUUCAUAAGCCAUUUUAGUUUUAUGAUUAGUGGACAGAAAAGGAGGCAAUUGAACAUUAAGGUCAUUGGUUGUGCUCCUGCUCCUAUGCUAAAGUUCUCCAGAUGUUAGUCUACAUAUCCCAUUAUCAGCUAGAGGUGAUGGAAGCUGGAAUCCCAACAACAUCUGGAGUUCCUCAUCCUUGCUCCGAAGAGAAUGGAUCUGCUUGGCUUGUGUGAUAACCUGGAAGACAAACUGCUUCCCUAGCAGUUUCACUUCUGCCGCAUUUAGAAAGCUUCCCCUUACUCCCGUCUUGGCCCUGAGCUCCAUAUAUCUGGAUUAUCCCCCCUACCAGUCACAUAACUCUGACUUGCAGUCUAGGUCUUGUUUCAGUUCCCCAUUCCAAGACCUCCUGUCCACUCUAGGAACACGGAAAGCUGCCUUCUACUGGGUCAGUCUGUCUAGCUCAGUUUUGCCUACCCUGACUGGCAGGCUCUCUGGGAUUUCAGACGGAGACCAUUCCCAGCCUAUGCUGGAAAUCAAACCUUGGACUUUUGUGCAAUGCAAAGUCCAAGGCUACAGUUAUUAUAGCAUUAAUUGCAGGGCAUGCAAGGUGCCUUUCAAAACACAGGAGAUGCAGCCUUGGGCCUUGUUUUUGCAUCAAGGUGUGUUUUCUGCAUCCUCUUCCUCCUGUAUCCUCAUCCUUCUCCUUUCUCUGGUCCCUCCGCCCCCCCCCCCCAUUUUAUACCUGCAACAGAAUUGUACUAGGAAUGUGUGCUUUUUGAAAUAAAUCCUCCAUUAGCUCUGCUAAUGUUCCGAAGAGCAAACAUUUCAAAUAAGCCUUGCCAUGGGAAAUGCAGGUCUUAUAAAUUGUCAGACUGUCACGUGCUGCUUCCACAACCUGUCUUUGAGCCAAAUGAUUGUUUGAUUUUGCUUUCAUCCCAGCUGUCUGCCAACAGUAUGGAAAUUUCUUUCAGGAGAAAACUCAAGUGGCUGCCAUAGGAAGCCUAGCUGCAAAGAAGGAUUGGGGGCUUCUGUACCUUUAGUUGUUGUUUAGAACUGUUAAAGGUGCAGGAGCCCUGGGACUUGUGACUUGACUGUGUUGAAACAUUAGAUUGCAAGAUUUAAUCUGUUUUCAUGAUUUGAGUUUCAUAUAACAUGUAUUUUUCAAGGAGGAUGGUAAUAAAGGCAAGUGGAAGGAAAUAUAUAGAAAAAUUUUCAGGAUUUUACAACAAAGAAAUCUAAGAGGCCGCUUCCUUUCUCUUUUGAAAUUUUUUUUAAAAAGUGGAAACAGAAUUCCUAAUUUCAUCCUCAGUAGGAGAUUGAGUAUUUCUUUGGCCAAACUGCCGGUGCACAUUAUAAAUAAUUUGAUCUCUAAUAAUUUCAUCAACUAUUGAUGUAUAUUUACCUUAUUUUAUUUUAUUUUUGUUCUCUUUCAUAGGGCUUUGAAUAUAGCCGCUGUGGAAAUCCAACCCGCGAUUCCAUGGAAAAGGCUGUGGCAGCACUGGAUGGUGCCAAGUAUUGUAAGCUGUCAAUAUUUUCAUUACAAAAAAAUGAUGAUUGUCUUUGGCUAACAGUACACAUAAGGUGCAACAGUAGUGUCUUGGAAAAGAGACAAAAGGGGAAGCUAUUGGUUUUUGGUUAGCUCUGAUUCUGGUAUCAUGCUAUGCAACAAUGCAGCUAUAUCUUUGUAUUUUAUCUAUUUCAUCAAACCUGGAUAAAUUACUUUUGGCCACGUUAUUAAGGCAUUUCCUAAUCCACAUUUUCAGGCAUGGAAUGCUUGGAGUUUGACACAGCUCAUAACAUAAAUGUCCACAAUCAUCUCCAUAAUGUAGUGGUUUUUUUUCUAGAUUCUUGGAAUUAUGGGUAACUUUAAUGGUUCUAGAUAAAAUUGUUGUUACCUAUUGUGUCAAAGCCCCAUAUCUAAUCCUACGUUGUGUGUGUGUGUGUGUGUGUGUACACACACACACACACACACACACACACACACACAUUAAGGUAUUCACAGUAAGCUCUCCUUUGAAAGCGAGUUAAGUGUUCAGAGACACACACCUGCCACAAAGCUGAAAUAUAUUGAAGAAUUCAUUUGUUCACUUGUCAGAUGUUAUUUGUUUAUUUCCUUUUCCCGUUAGGUUUAUCCUAUGCAUCUGGGUUAGCAGCUACGGUGAACAUUGCACACUUGCUGAAGGCAGGAGAUACUGUUGUUUGCACAGACGAUGUCUAUGGGGGUGAGUGCUGUACUUGCAUAUGGCAGGUCUUAACAGUCCUAGAUGUAAUCUCAGGGUUGUAAUCCAGAAGCGUUUCAAAGAUCAUUAACCUGAGCCUGCACACUUAGGUCUUUCACUUCAGCACUGAGGAUGGCUUGAAAGUCAGCAGUUAUAACAGGUCAGACACCACAGGUGUGACUUAUUAUCUUAAUUAAUACUUCUUAGACAGAGCCAGUUGACACAUCCGGCAGUGAGGCACUAACUGGUGUUCACACAUUUGUGAUUUAGCCCUCAGUGACAUGCCAAAUAAAACUUCCAUUAUGGACCCAUCAUAAGCCUUGCUACUGUUUCCUGGGCAUAAUAAUAGUUUUAUUCCUGGGCAUAAUAAUAGCACUAACUAGUCCUCUGUUACACAUGGAUUUGAUGCACCUAUCCUGCCCUUGAAAUUAAUAGAUUUUUGUGCUCUUUCUUUAGUUUUCCAAAAUCUUUAGAUUGGUGUUCUUUCAUGCAAUACUUUGGUUCAUCAUUAGUUGAUCUGAACUUGCUAAGAAGCUUUUUGCUUUUUUAAAAACACUUCUUAAAAAUUCAAACCUAUGCCCUAUUGGAUUUUAUUUUCUACAUUGUCCAUUUUGCAAAGUAUGGCUUGCACCAUCCUUUCCCAAACUAGUACCCUUCAUAUGUUUUUGGACUGCAGUUCCCAUCAUCCCUGACCAUUGCCAGUGCUGGCUGGGGCUGAUGGGAACUGGAGUCCAAAAUAUCUAGAAGCCACCAAGUUGGGUUUGGCUGACUUUAGAUGCUAUUGUAGCAUACAACCCUGAAUCUGUCUCUCUUCCUUCAGCUCCCAAUACCAGGUUCCUUGACUUCCACCUGACGCGGAGUUCUCAACCCCAGUUGUCCUGGGACACAGUGGGCUACAUUACACUCUCUAGAUGUUGUCCCAUGUAGGUGUGUCCAGGAAUUGGAUCAGCUCUAGAGAGUUGCCUACCAUUAUUUGCAUUAUGAGUUAUAAACCACUGAUAAUUACUGAUUUUCACCUAUGACAGUGUUUUCCCUUUGAAAUAAAGUGGUGUCACUGAUGUGUGUUAGGAUAAUGUGAAUAAUGCUUUAAUGUGGCUAAGGUAAAGGUAAAGGGACCCCUGACCAUUAGGUCCAGUUGCGGACGACUCUGGGGUUGCGGCGCUCAUCUCGCUCUAUAGGCCGAGGGAGCCGGCGUUUGUCCACAGACAGCUUCCCGGUCAUGUGGCCAGCAUGACUAAAGCUGCUUCUGGCGAACCAGAGCAGCGCACCGAAACGCCGUUUACCUUCCCGCCGGAGCGGUGCCUAUUUAUCUACUUGCACUUUGACGGGCUUUCAAACUGCUAGGUGGGCAGGAGUAACAGGAGCUCACUCCGUCACGGGGAUUUGAACCACCGACCUUCUGCUCGGCAAGCCCUAGGCUCAGUGGUUGUCACGAGGUUUUCCUCUGCUGAACUUUAUACUCUUGGACUAACUGGGGGGGGGCGAGGAAGAUGGCGCCGGGUCAAGUCUCAACUGAGUCUCUGCCGCAUGAGUAGGAGCUCUAAUGAUCAAAUUACCCUGAUGAAAAGGCUCAACCUAUGAAAAUAUCUGCCAACUUUUAUCAGUAAAAGACUCCGGGAGCUGUCGGGUGGACUUUUAAACCUCCCUUCCCUACUUAAAUCAACUUUGAACCACCUCCCUUGAAAAGCCCAUAAAGCUGUGGGCUGGAUAAAAUAGCCCUAUUUAUUUCCGAGUACGAAGAUGGUACUUACAAGGCACAUACUCUUUAAAAAACAAAUACCUUGUAGGCAAUAAAUAGGAGUUGCAGACGUUUACUGUAUGAUUUCACUGGGUGAAAGGUGGAAAUUCCUUACCCAGAAUCUCUGUGCUGUUGACUGUGCAGCUACUGGUGCAUCAACUUUCUGGGAGGACAGCCAAAGAUAGCUUUAGGGGUAAGCAAAACAGGUAUCCAUUUACCAUAACUAAAAGCGAGGGGUAAUCUAGGAAUGAUUCUCCUUGUGACUGGGCCUCUCACAUAGCAGUACGAGCAGAGAAACAUGUUUUCCACAAAAGCGGAAGAGGGCAUGGCUAGAUCAACACCAUCAGCCAAAUGUUUCCUUCUGUCAUUUGAUAUCUGUGAUUGUGCCAGUUUUAUUCCUAGGAGCAAUUAGAAGUCAAAUAGGGUAGGAUUGAAGUCUAGCGUGAUAACAGGAAGGGGGAUUUAUGUAACCUCUACCACUUCGAAAUUAUCUGUUAAGCAAAUUUGUUAGCUUGGGAAACAAAUAUUCUUUCUAGGAAUACUUAAUGAAAUCUAGAAGACAGGCAAAGUAGAGAAGCCGACAUUCUUUCUUUAGACCAGUGUGGCUUGAUAAAAGGGUUCCGUCCACGUUUGCUAUGUUUACUGAACUUUCAGAAAAGAAGAGGUGUGGGUUGCAACCCCAAGCAUGUCACCAAGGAAUUGAUCCUAGCAUGAUUUAUUUCUUGAUUUAUUUGAUGAAGAGGCCACCUUAGAACAGAAAACGCUAUUUACACAUCUGUUUUGAGACCAAAAGGCGGGCUGCAGACAUAUUAAUAACAAAAAUAUUUAGGAUUGGGCUGCAAAUCUGCUUACCUUGGAAGUGAGACCCCUGGAAACCAGUGGGGCUUGCUGUCAAUGCUACUCUGGACACAGCUGUCGUUAAAUGUCCUACCUUGUGUUGGUCCUUUCUUUGUUCUGGUUUCCAUUGCUUUCACCUUUAAUUAAUUAAAUGUGGGUCUUUUCAAAUCCUAGGUACCAAUAGGUAUUUCCAGAGUAUAGCAUCAGAGAUGGGCCUGAAAACUAUUUUUGUUGACUGCACCAAACUGGAAAACCUCAAGGCUGCAAUUACACCAGAGACCAAGGUAACAGAGGAAUGCUCAUAAAACAGUGUUUGCAACAUGCCUGGGAUGACUUUAUUAUAUCAAGCCUCCUCGGUUUACAAGGGCCUGGGAGUGACUGCAGAUGUGUAGGAGAGGGAAAUAUUAAAGUGAUAAUACUACAGAUCACUUAUAUACUGACAGUGUUGGAGCAAACCCUUCUUUGCUUUAAGAGGAAAACACAACGGUAAAUCAUGUAGCUGUCACUCCUGAUCUCUGGCAAGUGCCUGGUGGGCAUUUGCCAAUGUAAGCAGGAAUGGUGUAAGUAAUAUGAAGAUUAUUUUUUGAAAACAUUAUUGGGUAUGAUAGGAAUUGGAGCAGGAUCACUUGGAUCUUGUCUAUCCCCUCAUGACAGCUUGGGUGAUUGCCAUUGGAAUUCAUCUGAUGAACAAAACAUGCAUGAUUGGAUCCUCAAUUCUGGCAACAACAAGAUGGUCAUUGGAUACAACCCAGGGAGUUUUCUGGGUUGGUUCCAGACACUUGAGGCUAGCACAGCUCACAUCCAAAUGGCUGCAGGUGAAAUUGAAAAGCAGGUUUGAUGCCCAGGAUUUAAAGUCUGGCAGUUAUUUCCAUGGAGCCAAUUGCGAUUAAUCAAUAUGGAAUAGUGAAUGUGCCACAACAACAGAAAAAUCUGUUCAGUGUCGGGGUGGGUGGGUGUGCACACACGCAUGGAUGUGUAAGCAAAAGACAAGCUCAGAUUCUAACAUAUGUGAAAGCCUUUCGUUCAGUGUUCAGUUAUUGGUGAUAUCAACAAAAUCAUAUACACAUGUGUAUCAUUUCAUAACUUUUACUGUCUGUCUUCUCAAAAUAAACAGCUUGUCUGGAUUGAAACUCCUACAAAUCCAACGCUGAAAGUUGUUGAUAUUCAAGGUUGCGCUGACAUUGUCCAUAAGCAUAAAGGCGUUAUUCUUGCAGUAGACAAUACUUUCAUGUCUGCAUAUUUCCAGGUAAGUUGAUUACCCAGUGCUGUCCCAGAAGUGCUUCAUGCAUAUAGUAAUUUUUUCCUUCUCAAAAAUGGUGUCACAGGAGGGAACUAGCAGUGAUGAACUCGUCUGUGUUAAGGUGACUGGCUCUGGUGCUGAAUUUUGGAUAUGUGGUUGACCUUUCCAGGGUGUGUAGGCACUUAAUGGCUCUUCCACAUAACAUGAAACGGCAUGAGACCACAUUUUCUGGCACGUAAACCUGCUCAACAGGGGACACAAAGUUAAUCUGGUAGAUAGAGGGAUAUGUUUCUUGUUUUCUAGAGCAAGCUGCAGCAUAGUUCUGUGCAUGUUUACUCAGACAUAAGCCCCACUGUGUUCAGUGAGAUUUAUACCCAGGCAAAUGUAUUCUGGAUUGCAGCCCUUCCAUUCCCUUGUCACUGAUCUGGUAAGAAGAUGUGUGGAUGGUGGGAUGGAAAUUCCGUAAUUUUAUGUGGAGUAUUGGCUUUUUAUUGAUGAUCCACUGAUCUUUCAUUUCUUUAACGGAAUAACAUAUUUUUUCCUAUUCUUAGUAGAUGAAUACUCCUUUCAAAGCGAUAACAAAUUUUAUAUUUUAUCUGUUAAUACAGAUAAAUAGCUAACCUUCAAGGAGCUCCAGUUAGGCUUACAUGGUUCUCUGCCUGUCCUUGUUAGUUUCACAACAACCCCGUGAAUUAGCUUAGUAAGAGACUGUGGUUAGCCCUGAGUGCACUUAGUAGCUAAGUGGGGACUUUAAACCUGGUUUUCCAGGUCCUAGUCAAGAACUCUAACCACAACACCACACUAGCAGCCCUUGAAGUUAACUUCAAAUUAGCCAUGUGCUGGAGUUCUUGUCUCCCAUCUGUAUCAGAUCUCCCUCCCCCUCUUGCUGUAUAUAAGAAUCUAUUGAAGUGAAGGUGUCCAGUUACCAGCCUAGCUAACAUUUCUUCUGUGGCUAUACUGAGAGGAGCUGCAUUGCACUGGUAACUCUGUAGUGUUAUAUGGCAGGUAUUAAUAAGUAAUGGCUUUAGCAAUUCAAUGGACCCCAGAGUUGCUGUGUCAACAACUAGACCUGUGGUGUGGAAUAUUCAACGUACUAGGCCAACCGCAUAGUGAAAUGCUGGAGACUGCUGCCGUACGCACUGCAAGGACUUCACAGCACAAAGAGAAAAUGUUUCAGCUCACUAGCUUCAAAAGCAACAGAAAGGUCAUUGCUAGUACAUUACGCCAAGUUCAUGCAGUGUUUCUGUUACUGGUUUUGAGAAGUUGCAAAGCGUUCCUAGUUCAACAAGUAUUGGACUAACAUGUUCCUUUUAAAAUUUAAUUUAUACCUUGUGCAUGAAGUCCAGCAACCACGACCAAAAGAUAAAUAUAACAACAAUAACCUAGAUAUUGACCUAGCCAUCUAACCAUAUAUUUUAGCACCACUAAUGUAAAGCCACCAAUAACACAAAAUUAUCCACAAGAAAGGAGAAACUGGUAUGAUAGAGUAAGAGGGAGAAAACGUUAUCGAUUUAAGAAAAAAAUGAAGCAAACAUCUCUUUGAUUCAUUAACUUAACAGUUAUGGUCCUACUGGGUUUUUUUAACAGUUGCAUAUGGUUGCACGUGAUUGUGUACUUUUAAUUCCAAUUCAUGCCAAUACAUGCACCAUAUUUCUAUAAAGGUACCAACCAUCUGUCUUCCUUCCCUUACCUAAGUUAGUGAACCUGAUCAUACACAGGACGUCCCAAAUUCCUGAUAGCCGUUGAAAACCUAUUUGUAUUUUCAGGCCUGCUUCCAGGUUGGUUGAGGGCCUCAGGGUUGGAAGGGCCCUUGAACUGCAUUAGAGGCAAUGGCACUUACUUCUGAGUAAGCAUGCCCAGGAAUUGCACCGGGAAGAAAGAAAAUACAGGGUUUAACUAUGAAGGCGCAGAGUCUGUAAUUUAGUAACCUAUUUGAAAACAGGAAGAGCUGUCAUGGUUAAUAAUAAUAAAGCUACACUGAGACAGUGCUUGGGGAAAAUACAAGGGUGGUAAAAUUGAAGGCCUUUAUUCUAUGGAAUUAGAAGCCUGAUGAUGACGUGGGUCUAUAAUCUAGCCCCAUUCUCCUUUACUAAUCCUCCAUGACCAAACAUUCCAAAUAGAUUAGCUGAUAUAAUAGAGGGAAACAUUGUCCAAUUGUCCAAUUUCCAGUGUGCCAGAAGCAGAGGAUAGAAAAGAAGAGAUGCUAUGACAGUUACAGUAUUUCUUGGGGAAGAAUGCAAUUUAUUAUUAUUAUUAUUAUUAUUAUUUAUUUAGGUCAGACCCUAAUGGUUGGCUAAAACCAGUUGUUCCACAUUCAUUCCCUAUGAGAAUUUAGGGCAAAGAGAGAAAGAAUACUCGCAAGAAGAUACUUUAGCAUUAGUCAUCUUGCUUAAGAAACCCAUAUCCAGUUAUGUAGUUCCCAAUGAACAGGGAUAUGCAGUGUAAAAUUCCUACAGCUUCUGUUUACAGAUAAUAAAGCAGUACUUUUUAAUUCUGAAUUCAUGUGUUUAUUUUGUUGUUUCAGCGUCCUUUAUCUUUAGGAGCAGAUAUCUGUAUGUACUCAGCAACCAAGUACAUGAAUGGUAAGUGCCUGAGUGUUGUUGCAGAAAACUUCCAUGUUAUAUUGAUAUUUACCAAUCCGACAUUACAAACAGUCAAGGCUACCAGACCUAAAAGGCAUUCUAUUGUUUCUUUCUACUUUCAAGUUUUUAUUUUCUUCAUGCCACUUUGAGGGGGCUGGGGGUGGGAAGGUUGAUUUAUAGUGGUGCCCAUAAUGCAUCUGCCCAUCUUCCAAACACAGUAGAGGUACACAAUGGUUAUUGUCUAGACUGGUUUCCCUUCUGAGGACUUUGUUUGAUGUUAGUUUAACAACAACUCCACAAGGCAAUAUUGUAUUGAAUAUAUACUUGCUGAACAAGGAGCUCUUUCGUUUGAAGUCUUUCUGCAUUUUCAUUCUUGCCCCGGGGUAGAAAAUCUUCCUCAAAUGUUUGAAAAACUCAUUGUGUCCAACUAAAAAUUGCACUGUACAGGACUGAAAGGAAUCGUUUUGAGGUGCUGAGGGGCUUUGCCACUGAGCAUUAGGGUCCUAUCUGGUGCAAGCCUCUUUCCAAAGUACUCACCAUCAAGGUUGCAAAGGCAGUAGAGGGAUAAUCAGUUUUUGGCUUCAAAAUAAGCCACUCAAGGAAGAUGGUACUACUAAGAAGAAAUAGGGUGUCAUACUUUGCAACAGAAAGGCCCUCUCAAGGAAAGGCUGCCUGGAACCCUCACCUCUGCCAUUUAGGUUUCAGAAAAAGGCAUUUCCUCACUUUUAAGAACAAACUGCUAAUCUAAGCAUUUUUAAAGCUUAGGCCAUUUUCAUUUGAAUGGGCUGUUGUUUUUUAGUUUCUUUUUUGUGUUUGCUUUAUGGUUUUUUAUCAUUUAAAAGGUGCUGUAGUUUCUAACCAUGUGGUUAAAUGCCUAGUGGGCAUAGAUCUAUGUUGACAUGAAGGCUAUAAAUUGGGUAUAAUUAAUUACACAGGAAGCACGUAGAAUGAAAGCAGAGGAAACAGCUACAAUUUUAUGUCUGACUUCUCUACUUAAAGAGGGCUAAUUUGCCAUUUUUCUUCUGCCUCCUUGUUUCUUCAGGUCACAGUGAUGUUGUAAUGGGACUGGUUUCUGUCAAUGACGAUAAUCUCCAUGAGAGGCUCAGAUUUUUACAAUAUUGUGAGUACACAAAAAGAUGUGAUGAAUGCAGGUUUCUGAUACCUGCCUACUUAAAUUCAGAACUGCAUUUCUGCAGUUGUCAUUUGUUUUACACACGUUUAUCUGACUUAUUGUCAAAAAGCCUCCCACAAAAAAAGAUUUUGUGCAGCCUUUUCUACCACCCCACUUUCCUUGGGAGCAAAGAGAUUCAUUCUGACACCAUAAACCAGUUUGCUCUCAUGGGAAAUUUGAAACUGCAGUGCUGAAGUCAUGUUUCAGGCCUUACUAAGGCCUUCAGUGGCCAUACAUGAAUUAAGACUGAGCUGGUGUGUUUCCUCACUUGAGGCCUCUGACUAAAAUCUACAGCUUGAGCUGGAACAGUUGGUGCCUGAGAUGCAAGUGGUGCUGCUGUCUAGUCCAUUAUCUAUCAGGCCUGCCCAAGCCUGAAGGUUCGUGCUUCCUGUUAAAUGGAGGGCCUGUAGUUAUAUAUCACUCAAUGUAGUGGAUAGAUUGUUUAAUUUGGGCCCUGGAAAUCUAGAUCAAAAUCUCACAAAAUCUUAAAGCUCACUGGAUACCUCUCAAUUUAACCUUUCUCAGAGUUGCUGUAAGGAUGCAUACAUUACCUCAAGGGCCUUGGAAAAGCAAUGUGAUAAAAAAUAUAAUAUCAUUGUUUCCUUCUUUGCCUGGAGAGGAUUCAAAAACCUAAAUUAAAAACCACAUCAUUUUGCUAGGCUAUGUCUCAGUUCCUGAAUUUUAGGUUCCUGUUUCAAAACUCAGAAGCCUGAAUAGCUGCAAUGCCACCUGAAUGCUAUAUUUUAACUUUUUGAUUAAAACUCUGCUGGGGUUUGGGCUUCUGUUCUGAACAUAUGUCUAUACUUUGAUGAGCCAGCAAUAUUGUCUUGCUGAGUUCCUCCUUAUACUUUUCCCCAAUGGGGCUGAAAAGCCUAUUCAGCAAUAAAGCCAUUAGCAAAGAGGGUUAUCUCUGUGUUUCUUUUUUCCCUUUUCCAGCUCUUGGAGCAGUUCCAUCACCUUUUGACUGCUACCUUUGCAACCGGGGUUUAAAGACAUUGGAAAUCCGCAUGAAACAACAUUUCCACAAUGCGCUGACGAUUGCCAAAUACCUUGAGUCAGAUCCAAGAGUUGAGAAAGUCCUCUUCCCUGGUAAGUUGGCUUUGCAGAACCUGGCAGGGGAUAUAAGCUCUUGCAAAAAAGUGCCGCUGGCUGUAAUUGGAGCGAGGAGAGAAGCAAAAGAAUCUGCAUGACUAAGUGGACUCUUCCAGCCCAGUAACUCUGAAGACUCAAAUGACUGAUAAAGGGUGGAAACAAUAAGUGCUUGUGAAUGACUUGUUCCAUAUCUGCCUAGGGCACAGUUUGUUAUUUGAAUUUCCCUGCCAUGCUCUCACUUUCUUCCUCUCACAUAUGUUCACCACACAUUCACAAUUUUUACAUGGUUCAGUUGACUUAUUUCUUUACACACACUCAUCCCAGGCAAGCCAUUCAAAAUCCUAGUCUUCUCAUGCAUUAUCCUUUCGUAAAGCUUAAACACAUGUAGAAGAUGGAGAGAUAUUGAACUGUUGGCCCAGCCCCUGAUGUCCCUUGCAGCUCCCACGACCUCUGUGGACGCCUUGAAAGGGGUGGCAGCUGUCCCUUGGAAUAUGUAGUCAUCAUGGGAUCAGGGGUUGUAACAGCAGGUCCUUGCUCCACCUUAUGGAAGUGAACCUUGCAGAGAGACUUGCAUAAUGCAGUUUAUAUAACUUUUGUAACCACAAUUUUUUUAUUUUUGACAAACAGCAUUUUCAAACUUAACUCGCUUGGAACCAUAGCAAUGAUCAAAGUACAUUUUAUGCCUUGGACUAGCGACUUCAUAUUUUAAUAGAUUGUGUGUGUUUUAAAGCAACGAUAACCUAAAUCCGGAUGCUUUAAAUAAUGCAUAAUUCAUUUCAGGAUUGCCGUCACACCCACAGUACGAGCUGAUGCAACGCCAGUGCACAGGCUGCCCAGGAAUGAUCUCCUUUUACAUUAAAGGAAACCUUGAAAAUGCCUCCACAUUUCUCAAAAACUUAAAGGUAAGAAAGAGGCCUGAUUUGCAUUGCUUUUGAAAGAGGAACACUCCCCGCCCCUCCCUUGUCAGGAUAUGGAUGCUGUAAAAGACUUUGCAAUAUGCUUCUUCCCUUAAAGGAAGCUUUAAAGGACGGGCUGUCCCCAAAUGUAAAUAACCAACCUUGUUAUGCAAAGUGACACUAAUGACAGGGAAAGAAAAGGAGUAUUUUAGAAAUGAUGUGUUCAUUCAGGCAACUGCUGCUUGCCUAAGAUAUCACGUAGUGCCACCCAAGGCCAGCCAACUCUCCUGUCUGGAAUUCUGGAAGCAGGGGAGCCCUUGCUUAUGUAACACUGGCCUGGUGUUUUGAAAUGCCUGGCAUUUGUGCUGAGUCCUCAGAAGACGCUUGUCAAAUCAAUGCCUCAUCCACAUGUAUCACUGGAAAAGUAUGCUCCUGCAAAGACUGCUGUGCAGUCAUUUCUCCUGAAUUUCUGCCAGCGGCGUAUCGUUCAUCUUGGCUUGCGCCCGCUGGCUGCGAACAGGCAUACUUUGGUUUCACCAAAAGUUGGCACCUAAAUUAACAACAAGGAAUGAGCCAAGAGCUUUACUGUACUUCAACAACAACUGAAGAUAUAAACAUCCCACAAACUAGGGCUGGCUAACUUUCCCCUCCCUGCUCAUAAUAUGAUCAAUCUGAUGACCAGGGAGGGCGCGCAGUUUGUAUCCCCAUCAGGCACCGGGCUGGGCAGAUAGGUUUAAAUUACUACCCUGCAGUGCUAUGUCUAAUUAAUACCUUUUUGCAGCUUCUACAAAAAUUAUUGGGGUCUUGCUGAGGAGGGCAGAUUGGGCACCCCAAACCAGGAGGUAGCCACGCAGUCCAUAAACAACUAACAGGAAAGUCCUAAUCCACCUUCUGGGGGCAGGUGGUAAUAUGUUUAUCACAGUCAUUUACCCCCAUAUUGCUUUAAUUCUAUCCCUGGCUGCUAUAAACCAAGCAAGCAAGAGGAGAAUCAUAUAUCACUCCCAGAAAAUGCCCAAACACAGAUUUUUGGAGAGUCUCUAGAGAACGGAAAUUUCACAGAAGCUCCUGAGAAUGCCUGUUGUUCCCCUGAUUUUUUUGAUUUAUUUAUAUUUGCUCCUAGGUGGAAAACCUGAAAAGCUUUUCCUGGCCUGUAUCUGAGAUUGCCAUGGCACAAAGAGACAAAUGUGGUCUCUGGUGCUGAUAGGAGUUGUAGUCACCAGCUUGGCCAAGGCUGCUUAUGCAAUUACUUUUAGUUAACUAGCAGGUAGGGAGUUGUGCUCACCCCCUUUGGAAUCCUGGGAGCUCAGGGGCCCAUAGGAUUUAAUAGGGCCGGGCUGCUGAAUACAGUGCUGCCUUCUCUUCUUGCCAUCCUUCCAUAGGGCAGCAAUUCAGUGCAGGCUUGGCAGCUACAGUCUCUUUCCCAUGCCCUAGUACAGGCUUGCGGGAGAAGCCAUAUUUUGCCACAAAGAUCUCCAUGUCAUGCAGAAAGGAAAGCACAUUCUGGCAUCUGCCAUUGGCCAGGGGACGAAGGCCACUAGGAAGCUGCUCCCCUUUGCUCCCAGGAACAAGUUUGCUUCUGCUCCUCUCAGCCCCAGCUGACUAGAGAGCUGACAGCCACAGACUCUGCCCUUAUUUGUAAAGGGACCGAGUUUCAAGUGAAAAGUUGAGUGAAUGAAUGCUGAAAUAUAAAGCUCUGUAUUGUUUUUCUUUUUAGCUUUUUACGCUGGCUGAAAGUCUAGGAGGAUAUGAAAGCCUGGCAGAGCUUCCGUAAGUGAAGUUAAUCUGAAAUCUCUGUUGGAAUCAACUAUAUCCUUAUUUUAUUUUAAAUCUGUCUAAUACUUAAUACGAUUCAGACUAACGAACACAAUAAUAAUUUGGCCACAAUGGCCAAUACUGUACUUUAUCCCACCAUUCUUUCAGUGAAGGGAGAUUUCUUUUAUGUAGUAAAUAUAUAACUUAUGAAUUCUUUAUCUGAAGGGCUGAUCCUUCAAUGUAGUUGAAAACUUAAACUUUUUGUUAAGGUUAAACUUAAGGUUAGGUUAAACUUAAUUUUAAAGGCCUAAAAUUCGUUUGUGAAUAAAUUAUAUUCCUCCCAGCCUCCAAGCAUUACUGACAUAAGCUAUAGUGUUAUAAUUUCUCUUUUUUGCGCUCCCAAAAGGUAGGUAACUAAUUUUAAAUUUACCUUAUUUUUACUGCCAUCAUAUCAUCUUGCCCUCAUCUUGUUGUUGUUGUUGUUAUUGUUGUUACCUAUAAAAUAUCCCGCUAGCAAAUUUGUCUUUUGAAUAUACUAAAACCAGUGAGAAUUCUUAUUAGCUUGGAGGAUUGCAGUAUUUUACUGCAGUCAACAAGAUAAUUACAUGGGAAGUAUUUUUAAAUUUCUUUUGCUAUUUUAAAGUCCUUAUUAGUAUCCAAUUUCAAGCCAUCUGCCACUUCUCAGCCCAUAAUGUAUCUAUCCCAGAUCCUUAACCAGUUAGAUCACAGGUGUCAAACACAAGGCCCGCGGGCCGAAUCCGGCCCGCCAGACCUCGUCAUGUGGCCCGUGUAGCCGCCGCCAGCCGCCAGCCUUCACCUUUUAUUCUCGCUUUUUUUUUUUGACACAAGAAAGCCGCCUCUUCAGCGCAUGCGCGGCAGCCUACAAGCCAGAGAAUGUCUGCCCUCUAGCGGCGCCAGCCGUUCUACACAGGAAACCUCCACUUUACAUGCAUUCAGGAAACCUCCACUUGUUUUAGACAGAAGCAGAAAACAAUUCUAUCCAACCAAAUAUGAUGCUAAGUUCCACUGCUGUUUUUAAAUGACUUCUGCCUUUCAUGAUUUGCCAUUAAAUUUAGAGGUAUCUUCUUUCCUCAUCUAUGUCCUUUAGCCAGUUCUCUGCUGCUGAACAACAUUCAACAGGUGUUGAUUCCCCACAUUUUAUGAUGAUGUAAACAGAUUUUAUCUUGUUUGUAGCCUUGUUGUGCACUGCUUAGACACGGUGGUAUUAAGCCAGGCAUGUCCAAAGUCCAUUUUGGGGGCCUAAUCCGGCCCGCUGGUUGGUUUAAUCCAGUCUAUCUCCUGGGGUAAAAUCCUAAAAAAAGCUCAACAACUUCAACUUUGGUUGGCCCUCAUGCAUGUUCAUUUCAUCAAAUCUGGCCCUCUUUGAAAAAAGUUUGGGCACCCCUGAGUUAGAUGUUUAAAGAAAAUCAUCUUGGCAUGAACAGUUCUACUGCUUUUUUUUUUGCUUUCUCAAAAAAUGAACUGGCAAUCUGCUGUUUUAAGCUGUGUACAGAGGAGGGCAUGCUUGGUACAGGAAACCCUGCUGAAGAGCAUAUGACUUUGUAAAAGUGUGUAUUUUAACGAUAGACAUGGUGCAGAUUGGAAGCGUCACUUUAUCCCUUCUAAAUUACUGCACCUUUCAAAUUACAGGAGUUUGGUGCUAGCAUUUCUCUGCCUCUUAGCAAGAUUUAUAGCCAGGAAAAAUGACAAGGGUAGUGAACACAAUCUUUUUCCUGGAUUCCAUCCUGUGGCCGUAUCGAACCCUCUGGUUAACAAGAUUGGCCUGUCCAAAUUGGAUAGAAUCCCUGCAGGCCCUGUGAGACCUAGAUGUGAUGGAAAACAAGGUACAUCUAAAAAAUAAAUAAAGAUAAAGUAACACUGCAAGCUGGACAUAGCUAGGUCCGAAUCUCUUGGCAGGGCCUCUCAUUUAUCAGGGAAAUUCACAUUUGUUUCUGGGUCUUUCUAGACCACCACAAAAGCCAAUAAGAUGCCACAUAGUGGAAUGGCAAAAGUUCCACCUCUCUGCUGACAAGACACACCAGUAACUUUUAGGGUCUCGGUAGGAUUGAAUAUGUUUACUGUUGUCCUUGGAAGCUUUCUUGCUGCGUUCUGUCAAAAUGUAACUUUUCCUGUCCAGGGUUGAGCUCUGGGAAAAGCUGAGCUUUUCUAAACAAGAACUUUAUGGCAGAAGGAUGAAAUUGCUUCUGAAAGCAAGUGUAUGGUAUCUGUUGACUUACCAUCAUUACCUCCACCCCCAAUAAUGUUGCCAAGAAAACACCCCAUCAAAUAAAUAAAUAAAUAAAUAAAUAAAUAAAUAAAUAAAUCCCUGCCCAUCUGACUGGGUUUCUCUGGCCAGCUCCCAACAGAAUAUAAUAAUAAAAAAGCGAUAAAACAUCAAACAUUGCAAACUUCCCUAAGCAGAUGUCUUCUAAAAGUCAGAUAGUUGUUUAUUUCUUUGACAUCUGAUGGGAGGGUGUUCCACAGGGCAGGCACCACUACCAAGAAGGCCCUCUGCCUAGUUUCCUGUAGCUUCACUUCUCUGUGAGGGAAUCACCAGAAGGCCCUCAGAGCUGGACCUCAGUGUCCGGGCUGAACGAUAUCUAUCCUCUAUCUAUCAUCUAUAUUCAAGGCAAACAAAUGCAGGACUAUACUUUAAAACAUUUUCUUUAAAGGCAAACAGCUUGCCUCAAGAACAGACUGAAUACCACAUGAGUGUUUUGAUGAGCUGGUGUUUAGGUCUAUAACUUCACUUGCAAAGAAUUUGCUAUGAGACAUGUUUUCAUAUUGCACCUCCCUUCUGCGGCUGCCUGCCUAUUUGAUGCCAGUUCAGAAGCUCUCGGAGCUGGCUGCCAUCUAGAAAACUGCUUGCUACUAGCAUAGCAGUUCCACAGCCUUCAGGAAGGUGUCACUAUCCCAGAGCAUUUGGCAUGGAUUUGAGACCGUAGUCUAGCAUGAUCUUAGCGCUCACUUGAUGAGGAUCAGAGAUCUGUCUCUUAAAGGGAAUACAUUGGCAUUUUGCUGCCUCUGUGCAAUUCUUUUUAAUUGUUGCAUCUGGAAUGACAGACCAACCCUCCAACAUUGCUGGGUUGCCCCAGCCAAUCUGGGCAGCUUCCAACAUAUAUAAAAACACAGUAAAACUGUAAAAAAAACCCUUCCUUAUUCAGGAUUGCUUGGGAGUCAGAUAUUUCCAUACCCUCCAACAUUUCUGCAGUGAAAAUAGAUAUAUCCUAAGGAAAAGCAGGACAUUCCGGGAUCAAAUCAGAAACCAUGAUGGCUUCUCUAAAUCAGGUACAUCCCUGGAAAACAGGGACACUUGGAGGGUCUGACAGACUAUUGUUCUUGUUUAGUGCCAUCAUGACUCAUGCCUCAGUCCCAAAGGCAGACAGAGAAGUCCUUGGGAUCUCGGAUACGUUAAUCCGCAUGUCUGUCGGUUUAGAAGACUCGGAAGACUUGUUAGAAGAUCUGGACCAAGCUUUGAAGGCCGCGGUAAGUGAUUUCAGUUAUGGAGAAAUGUAGGGGUAUGUUUUUGCUUUUUAGCUCCCCCCAUUGCUUUAGAAGUCAACAGUAAUUCUGAUGAACCCUCAUGUUACAUUUGUCAGAUAGCUUGACAGAACACAGCUAGUAGCAAGAAGUGAAAUGUUUUUGCAGUAAGCUCCUGUACUAUAUCUUACUAUACAUACUAUAUAGGUCCAUGAUUACUGAGCAGGCUAGCUGAACAUAUUAGUGAGGUGUUGGGGCUAGGUCCCUGCCCCCCUCCAUGCCAUGCGCACAUUCCAAUUUAUAUUCACACGUAGCCCAUACACUACUAUAAAUAAAACAUAAAGGUAAAGUAAAGGGACCCCUGACCAUUAGGUCCCGUCGUGGCCGACUCUGCGGUUGCGGCGCUCAUCUUGCUUUAUUGGCCGAGGGAGCUGGCAUACAGCUUCUGGGUCAUGUGGCCAGCAUGACUAAGCCGCUUCUGGUGAACCAGAGCAGCGCACAGAAAUGCCAUUUACCUCCCCGCCGGAGCUGUACCUAUUUAUCUACUUGCAUUUUGACAUGCUUUCAAACUGCUAGGUUGGCAGGAGCAGGGACCGAGCAAUGGGAGCUCACCCCGUCACGGGGAUUCGAACCGCCAACCUUCUGAUCGGCAAGUCCUAGGCUCUGUGGUUUAACCCACAGAGCCACCCAUGUCCCCAUAAAUACAUAAAUACACAAAUACACAUAUAGGCACACUAUUCCAGGGGCUACCAGCCUUCUGAGGCCAGUAGGCCCAUUUUGAAUUUGGGUAUAACCCAAAAUGGCUGCCACGGGGGCCAUGAUAUAAUGGCAGAUGCGUUAAAAAGAACAGCAGACGAGGCACAACCACAAAGAGGUUGCAGACGGGGGCCGGGGAGGCAUCUACAUCAGUCACCACUGCACUUACAUCCAGAGGGAAGCUCUUUUGCACUUCUCUCUGCUCAGAAUAGGAGGAAGGUGGGUGUCCAGUCCUGGAAGUCAAUGAAAUUUGGUCAUGUUUAAGGGGGCACCCUCAGUGUAAGAGCGACUGAGUCAGUGCAAACAAGGAACUGAGCAGGAAGAGCAAAUCAUUUCUAGUAAAACUGUGGAUUUCUGAGGGGAUAUUUACUAGACCUGUUGCAGGUGCCAUAGGACUCGUGCCUACCAAGCAUGAGAACUUGACAAAAAGGGAUUACCUGAGUGGUAAUGGCACUGAAGAUUAGCUUUAGGCUAAAUGACUGACAAAAAUCAUGCUGAAUUUUACUGACAACUACACUUCUUUUGCAAAGUGACCAAGUUGCCUUUGUCUGCUGACUUCCUCAUUUUUCUGCCAGAUUCUUUCCCCUCUAACAAAGCAGAAAAAGGCAGCUGGGAGUUUGGAUGAGUAGCAUAGUGUGUACCAAUAUGAAUCCGAUCUGCAAUUAAGUUGAGUCAUUUAAAGAACAAUAGUGAUAAAAUUUCUCUUGCUUUCUCUUGCCACAGAUUCCCGAUUACAGAAUCUAUAACUAGGAGUCUUGACAUCACAUUUAAUUCCUGCACAUCUGUAAUACAAAUGAACUGGAUGAUCAGCUGCUGAUGAACUUCCAUUGGAUUAGAUUUCCUGCUGAAAAUGAAAAAGUUGAUGUUUUUGAUGCCCGGAAAGGAAGCCUAGAAUACUUGUUGACUCCACAACCCCCUUUUUUUCCAAGAAGUGUCUUCUGAGGUCAUCUCCUCAUUGUCUGGUUCCUUUGAUUUAAAAACAAAAAGAAAGCCAUAUUUCUUGACAGCAGUAGUUCCCAGGUGACCAUGGUCCACACUCAGGAAGAUUGUGCCCAAUCACACAUAUUUAUAUUUAAAUAUAAAUAUAUUUAAAUUAGUGUGGCAUAAUAGCUAAAAGACUGUGCUGUAAAUCAGGAAGUCCCUGGUCUGAAUCUUGCCUUAGGGUAGGGUUACCAGACUUCCCCGGUUCCCGGGGACAGUCCCCGGAUUUGCAAAUCUGUUCCCAGGAAACAUGGCAGCCUCAGCAGCCCAGAGCCAGCCUGGUAGCGCUGUUGGCUCUGGCUGGCUUCAGGAGCUGCUCGCUGCCAUGGUGCCUGCCAUUUUUCCUCGCUGAAAGUCCCCAUAUGAUGUAUCUUGCGCGCAACAGUUUUUAAAAACUGUGCAUUUAUGUUUCACAGGGUGCAAAAAUAGGGCUUUGCACCUUUAUACAAUAUGCAUGUGUGCUUGGGCCCAUGGUCUUUUGCCUCACCAUCCCCAUUACUGACUCCCUGUUGCUACUCAGCUUCAAAAGAAGUAAGUGUCCCCGGAUUCAUUGAAAAAAAAUCUGGUAACCAUAUCUUAGGGAAGCCAGUCUCUCUCAGCCUCAGUUUCCCCCCAUCCACAAUACUGGGUUAUUGUAGGGAUCACAACUAGCUAAUGUUUAUGAAGUGCUCUGAAGUCUUGAAAUGGCUAUGCCAAUAUUAUUAUACUUGAUUAUUUUGAUAGAAAAUUGCCAUUAUGCCAGCAUGCUUGGUUGUUUCUUGUCACUUAUACAUGCUGCUGAUUUAUUUUAUUGUUUUUAAACGUUAAUAACCGACUUGGAAAAAAGACUGCUGCAUAUACCAAGUGUGGAUUUUAGAUUGGUUCCCACUGUUUUUCUCCUGUGCAAUAUUGGAAAAUGAAGCAAAAAAUCAGUUGCAUGGUACCCUAUGCAAUAGGCUUUUAUCUAAAAUAAAUAAAUAUUGAAUUUGCUUUGGUU